UCCUUUAAUUUCGAUCCAAGUAGUCUCUAAGUUGAAUAAAUUUUGAUAAGAAUUUUCACACUGUGCAAUCAAAAUAUUAGUAUGUCCAAAAUUACACGAAAACUCGUUAGCACGAAGAAUGCAGCAAAGCCAGUCGCUCCUUACAAUCAAGCCGUUGUAGUCGAUCGCACGGUAUAUGUGUCUGGUUGUUUGGGCCUUGACAAAGAGACAAAUACAUUGGUUUCAGGUGGAGCAGCUGCCGAAAUGGCACAGGCAUUGAAAAAUGUGAAAGCUAUUUUGGAAGCAUCCGGAUCGAGUAUCGAUAACGUGGUGAAAACAACUGUUUUCGUUGACGAUUUGGCAGAUUUCGGAGGAGUUAAUGACGAAUAUAAGAAAGUUUUCUUACAAGAUUUCCCAGCACGCUCUUGUGUGCAAGUGGAGAAACUACCGGCCAACGCGAAAGUUGAAAUUGAAUUGAUUGCAGUGACUGGGAAUAUUAAGACGGUGCAUAACUAAGUGAAUAGUAGCAUGAGCAUGCCUCAGUGAGCAUUGCCUCACAUUUGAAUGCAAUAAAAUAAAAAUUUUCGUUUAGAGAGGAUUCAA